AUGGCUUCCUUGAGAACCACAAUCCCAUUUUGGAUUCUCAGUUUGCUCCUGCUGUUUACUUCAAUGGAAGCCAAAGAGUUCGUGGUUGGAGGAGACAAAUGUUCAUGGUCAACUCCAGUAUCGCCUACAGGGUCCAUCCAAGAGUGGGCUGAUACAAACCGAUUCAUUGUCGGCGAUAUUCUCAUGAGAAAGGAAGACUACGAGAGGUGCAACGGAACAACGCCGAUUGAAAAAUACGACAACGGCAAGACCAAGAUUGAGUUGAACAGAUCAGGACACUUCUAUUUCAUCGGCGAUCAUGGUAGCAAUGGCUGUGUAUCUGGGCAGAGGCUAACUGUGGCUGUCAUCUCCGACGAACUACGUCAUGGACACCAUACGCCUAAUAAGCCUAACCAUAAUCAUACCGCGGUGGCUCCGACACCGUCCCCAGCGCCUUCCCCGAAUGAUAUUCCCCCAGUAAGUGGUGCAACUACUCAUGGAUUGAGGGGUGGGUUUAUGGGAAUAUUUCUCGUGGGAGUAGGGACUUUGGUGGGGAUGGCCGUCUUCCUUUGA